AAUUUGCUUUCUCUCAUCUCAUUGUCUAUCGACCUGCUCUGAUUGUUUGUUGAUGUUCAGCUGAUUAUAAUAGAAGCGAUCUAGGCGUAUCGUCGACACUGAAUCAUGCAGGACUAUUUGACAGGCUUCCUGCCGCAGACGCAACCGAAACCGUCGACGACCGCGCUCGAGACGAUCGCAAAGUUAUGUGAUCGUCUCCUGAACUCGACCCUUCUCGAAGACAGACGGGCCGCUGUUCUGGGACUCAAAGGUUUCUGUCGGGAGUACCGUGAGGCAGUCGUCACCGGCGGAUUGAGAGGGCUGAUUGCCGAGCUUCAGCGUGAUCGUCUUGAUACCGAGACUAUCAAAGCUACUCUGGAAACCGUCCUGCUGCUGUUUGUGAGAGACAAAACUGAUACCACGGCUGAUGUUGAUUAUAUCGCCCUGUGGCUCGCCGACGAGUUUACUCAGCGCGAGGAAAACAUAUCACUGUUGAUUGACAUUUUGGAAAAUCCCGAUUUCUAUGUGCGAUUAUAUACUCUCCAACUCCUAGCUGCGAUCCUCACAAACAGACCAGAACGAACCAAGCAGUGCGUCUUUGCGGCCCCUCUCGGUAUCUCUAGAUUUGUUUCCACGUUGGAUGAUCACAGAGAAGCAAUUCAGAAUGAGGCCGUCAUGCUACUCAUUCACCUCGUCGACGGCCAUCCUGAUAUCCAGAAGCUAGUUGCGUUCGAAAACACCUUUGACAAGAUUUUCCUGAUCAUCGAGCGAGAGGGAGGUGUCGAAGGCGGCGUGAUUGUCCGAGACUGUCUGCUACUGAUUGCCAAUCUUCUGCGCUUCAACCCUUCCAACCAAAACUUAUUCAGAGAGACGAGCUGUAUUCCCCGACUUUCAGAGCUCAUGAUUACCGACAAAGGGGCCGCGAAUUGGGAUCAGCAGAAAACCAAAAACAUGAUUCUCGUGCUGGAGAUCUGUAGAUUGUUCGUGGUCGAGGAUAGCUUGGGAACUCCUGCCAACCAGCAGAUUUUGUUCCAGGCCGGCGUGCUGAUGAAUGUCCUGCGCCUUGCAUUCGGUGACUCGACAAACAUCCAGGUUCGCGCUAUGGCUCUUGUUGCCGCAGGAGACUUGAUUCGCGGGCACGAUGAGAUCCAGGAGAAGUUUUCAAAUAUCGAUGUGCCAUAUAUCAACGUUUCUGCCCCAGGCGAACCUUCCCAUGUCCAGGUCGAACCGGAAGCGAUCCCUGUGACGCAGGCGCUCUUGAACUGGGCACUCUCAUGCUCGUCUAUCUACGCUUUCGAUCUACGAGUCGGCGCAACGAUGUGCUUAGAAGGAUAUCUUUCUAACAACAACAACACCCGAGUCGCGUUUUUGGAAGACGCUAUCGACGCCUACUUCAACGACAACCGCGGUCCUAAAAACACCAAACUUCUCAGCGGCAUUCUAGACCACGAAACCGACGCGCGCACAGAUCCCUACAAAACAUGGUUUGCGUGCGUGAUCAUGCUCCAUAUCUUCGAAGGCGGACAGGAGCUCAAGGAUCUCGCCCGAUCGAUCACGAUCGGCGAUGAGGAACAGGGCGAGGAGGUUGUUACCGCGAUCCAGACUAUAUCUGCGAAUCUCGUCGCUGCUCUACAGUACAAUCUCGACGCGCGAAUUCCUAUUGCGUACAUCAUGCUUCUCUGUGUCUGGCUUUACGAGGACUACGAAGCGAUCGACGAUUUUUUGAGCGAAGGAUCCAGCGUGCAGUCUUUGGUCGCGGAUGUUUCGCAGUCGUCAAGUCAUAAUAUUAUGGUGGAGGGGAUGUGCACUACAUUACUCGCUGUCCUGUACGGUUACUGCACCACCCAGUCGCCAAUUCCAAGACCCACGCUGCAUCGACUGUUGGUAAACAGAAUAGGCCGCGACUCGUUUAUCAUGAAACUCCGCCUUUUGCGUCGCAACAACUUUGUCCGAGACUUUGAUUCGUCCGAGAUUUUGUCCGCGGGAAAAGACGAGACCGGUCUGCCAAAGGUGUUUUUCAACCGGGUGUUUAUUGACUUUUUCAAGGAUCGGUACAGCCGGCUUGAGAAAGUUCUUGAUAAGGAUCCGAAUCGCGAUCCGAUUAGUCCAGAAGCGAUCGAGGCUCAAAACGAACAGGCGGUCGAGUCCAUGGAGUCGAUGGCCAAAGAAAUCGACGAGCUCCGCGCUCAACUCGAAGGUGCCAACGCGUCAAUAGCGCAGACGCAAGAGUCUCUUGCCGGCUCAGUCUCACAAUCCGAGACGCUUGCGCAUGAGAAAGAGGCCUUGAGCUCACGGUUGGAAGAGUCCUCGACUGUUGUGAAAAAGCUGCAGGAGCAGCUUGCGGCCGCGGAGAAGGAGGUCGCGGGCGAGAAGGAGAAAGCCAAGGAGAUUGAAAAGAAACUUGGGGUUAACGUUCAAUCGCUCGGGCUGGAGACGAUGCGCCUGCAAAAGGAGAAAAGCGAACUGCAAGAGUCCUUCCGGAAAGAGAAGAAUCGGGCGGAUAACAUGGACAAGGAGCUCACGAGAUCCAAAGAGCGGGCGUUGCAAGCCGAGUCUAGUCUGCGGUCAUUGAAAGAGUCUGCAGCUGCGGAGAAGACGAAGUUGGAAGCCCGGCUGAAGCAGGUUGAGGAGCAGCGGUCGUAUACCCAUGCGAUGAUGGAGAAUAAGGACAAAGAGCUGAAGCAGGUGGCUACCAAGACUGAGCAAUUGCAGACGCUGUUGAACGGGUUCAAGACUAAGGCGGCUGACUUGAACGGGCAGGUCGAUGCUCUGAAGAAGGAGGUGGCUGACAAGGAGAAAGCAGUGGAGGAGGUCAAGGCGGCCUCGACGAGCAAAGAUCAGAAGAUCUCGGAGCUGGAGAAGGAAGUACAGUCGAUCAAGACAGAGCGCGAUAGCUUGAAGUCACAGGUGACAAAGUUGGAAGCAGAGGUCAAGAGUGUGAAUGAAAAGUUGAGCGCCGCUUCAUCCGACAAGGGUGCCAAGGCUCGCAAGACCGAAGAGAAGCUGAAGGAGACGCAGGCUAAGUUGGAUGCUUUGCAGAAGCAGUUCAAAGAAGAGAAGCAAAAGUCUACGAACGCGCUUUCUGAGAUCGAAGCGAAGAAGACCGAGGUCACGAAGCUUAAAAAAUCACUGAAAGAGUCGGAGGAGAAGGUUGAAGAUCUUUUGCUAGUCAUGGCUGAUUUGGAGGAGAAGAUUGCGAAUAUUGGUGGUGACGAGGAAGACGAAGAGGAGGAGGAGGAAGAGGAUGGUGGAGAGGAUGGCGAUGAGGAGGAGGAGGAAGAGGAGGAAGCGAGUGAGGAAAAAGUAGAAGAGAAGACAGAGGCAAAGAAAGCUGCUGAGCCUAAUGGUACGACAAAGACUAAUGGCAAAGCGAGCGCCGACGAGGAAGACGAGGAUGAAGAAGACGAGGAGGACGAUGAGGACGACGAAGAGGAGGACGAAGAUGACGUCGACUAGACGGACGGUGUUAUAUAAGCUAGAAGUGGAUUGUAUCAUAUGCCAGAGUGGCAGAAACAUUGUAAUAUACUAAUAAAAG